CAAAUGCAAAUGUGAAGACACAAAAGCAACAACUAGUUUUCAAUCAAGUCUAGCAAGCUUUCAUUACAUGCAGAAGCAGAACAGUAUAAAGUCCCUGUUUACUCCCAACCAGUUCAUCAUUUUGUCCUAGACCUCAGCCUACAGAGAUGCAGAGAAGAUUCACCACCACGCAGGCUUUGCAAAUCAUUCUGGGUGACGCAAGCCUUCUUGACUCCGAUGCAGAUGAGAUCGACAUUGAAGAGGAAUCUGAACCGGAGCAGUUUUCGGAGGCCGAUUCUGAGGACGAUGCUCCCCAUCCCCUGAAAAAGAAUCCUCGGCUUGAUACCACGGUAACAGAGACUGCUAAAGAUGGCACAGUUUGGCGUAAAGAAGAAGUUGGACGACAUCUGCAUUUCACUCCUAUUGAACCUUACGCUGCAGAUGGAGAGCCAACACCUGAAGCCAGAACAAGGAUCACAACUCGCCUCCAAAGCUUCCUCUGCUUUCUUUCCCUCCAGAUGCUUCGCACCAUUCAAGCCUGCACAAUUCAACAUGCAAGAGACACAGAGACUGUGGAUUGGUUCAUGGCUGUUCCAGAAUUGAUGGCAUUCAUAGCAAUUAUCAUCUGGAGAGGGGUGAAGAAGGUUCCAUCCUUGUCUGACAACUGGUCCAAGAUGUAUGGAAACAAAGAGAUCAUGGCAACAAUGGCUAGAGACCGCUUCCAAAAAAUCAUGCAACACCUUCGCUUUGAUUGCAAGGACACCCGGCAUGAGCGAGUGCAGACAGACAGGUUUGCAGCAAUUUCAGAACUAUGGGAAUCAUUUCGGAAGAACUGUGUCAAAUUCUACAGACCUGGUCGGCACAUCACCAUUGACGAACAGCUGUACCCAUCAAAAACACGUUGCCCUUUUUUGCAGUACAUUGCCACAAAACCAGAUAAGUUUGGAAUAAAAUUUAGGGUGGCGUGCGACCUGAAAUCCAAGUAUAUCUGCAAUGUUUAUCCCUAUGUUGGCAAAGACCCCAGUCGUCCCAAAGAAGAGAGACUGUCUGAGAGUGUGGUUAUGAAGUUGAUUGAACCAUUUCUGGAUCAGGGCAGAACCGUCACAACGGACAAUUUCUUCACGUCAAUUUCACUUUCCAAAAAGUUGCUCAGCCGGAAAACCACCAUCAUUGGGACAGUCAAUAAGAUUCGCAGAGAAAUUCCUCCUUCUGCGAAAGUGAAAAACUGCAGUGAGUUCAGCACUCAGGUGUUUACAACAACUAACGCCACAUUGACUGUUUACGCAGCCAGCCGGAAGAAGACGGUCUAUGUCAUGAGCAGCAUGCAUGGGCUCAUUCAGACUGAGGACACACACAAAAAAAAACCAACCACCAUCACCCAGUACAACAAAACAAAAUGUGGGGUGGAUUCCAUGGACCAGAUGGUGCGGGAAUACUCCGUACGAGCUGGAACAAGAAGAUGGCCAGUGGCUGUGUUCUAUAACAUGGUGGACAUGGCAGCCCUGAACGCCUAUGUGCUUUAUCAAGCCUGCACAGGAAGAAAGGAAAGGCGGCCAGAUUUUUUGAUGCAGCUUGCCAGUGAGUUGGCCGCGUCUCACGUGACAGCGAAGCAGAUUGAAAGGGACAACGGUCUUCGCAAACAGGCUGCUGAACCAGAGGAACCUGCCAAAAGGAAAAAGUGCCAAGUCAGGAACCAGUGCAGAAAGAACCUUGCUGCAAAAAGAUGUGUUGAAUGUAGCAAGUUCACAUGUGGAAUGUGCAAAAAAGAAGAGCCAUGGCGCUGCAAGGUCUGCGCAGACUAA